CAGGCGCUCUACACGGACAACUAUUGCAUAGUGCCGACUCGGGUUAUGUAUUCCCUUUGACAAGAAGCUACGGGAUUAACGAAGUAGUCCAGAGAUACGUGAUCAGCUCUGACAACGUUCUUCAUUAGACUUUUUCUGUCACCGAGAUGGUGUUUGUUUUGAGCAAGCUCUGACAGUUAUGCUUUACGGAAGAAUGCUACUGUUAAUAUCUGUGGCUUUGAGCAGAGCUGGAAAGCUAACUUGCUACCGGAGCUAUCAUUAGUUCGCUAGCUCUUAACGAGAUUCGACGACAUAACAGGGUGCUCUGGUUUGGGGAAUACGUUGUGCUCGAUCAACCAAGCUCUCGCCCCGGGUAGUGUCAGUAGUUUUCAGAUAGUAUUUUUGCUCUACGUUAUAUUUCAUUAUUCUGUUGCGUAAUCAUCUGCCCUGACCGUGGGAUGUGACUGUGAGGCAGACUUCAUCUAUCCAGAGCUGGACACCAUGUCGGAGGAUAAUAACACAGACAAGUUCAUCAAGGAGACAUCCAUUCUGGAUGAGUACAACAUAAACUGGACACAGAAGUUGGGAGCUGGCAUCAGUGGACCUGUCAGAGUUUGUGUAAAGAAGUCAACUCAGGAACGCUUGGCCCUGAAGAUCCUCAUUGAUCGCCCCAAGGCCAGAAAUGAGGUGCGUCUCCAUAUGAUGUGUGCCAACCACCCAAACAUUGUGCAAAUCCUGGAAGUUUACGCUAACAGUGUCCAGUUUCCACAUGAGUCCAGCCCAAGAGCGAGGCUCCUGAUAGUUAUGGAGAUGAUGGAGGGUGGUGAACUUUUCCACAGAAUCAGUCAGCACCGGCACUUUACUGAAAAGAUGGCCAGCCAGGUCACUAAACAGAUCAGUCAAGCCUUGGAACAUUGUCACUCUCUAAAUAUUGCACAUCGUGACCUGAAGCCAGAGAACCUGCUGUUCAAGGAUAAUUCUCUGGAUGCUCCUGUGAAGUUGUGUGACUUUGGGUUUGCCAAAAUUGAUCAAGGAGACUUGAUGACCCCUCAGUUCACUCCUUACUACGUAGCACCUCAGGUACUUGAGGCUCAAAGAAGACACCAGAAGGAAAAGUCUGGAAUUAUACCUACCUCACCUACUCCUUACACCUAUAACAAAAGCUGUGACUUGUGGUCUCUUGGUGUGAUUAUCUAUGUAAUGCUGUGCGGCUAUCCUCCGUUCUACUCCAAGCACCACAGUCGUACCAUCCCAAAGGACAUGAGGAAGAAGAUUAUGACAGGCAGCUUUGACUUCCCUGAAGACGAGUGGAGCCAGAUUUCUGAGAUGGCCAAGGACAUUGUACGCAAACUGCUGAAGGUAAAGCCAGAGGAGAGGCUGACUAUUGAGGGAGUCUUGGCUCACCCUUGGCUCAACUGCACCGAGGCCCUUGACAACGUGCUGCCCUCUGCCCAGAUGAUGAUGGACAAGGCGGUAGUGGCCGGUAUCCAGCAGGCUCACGCAGAGCAGCUGGCCAACAUGAGAAUUCAAGAUUUGAACAUCAGUCUGAAGCCCCUAAACUCUGUGAACAACCCAAUCCUCAGGAAGAGGAAACUACUAGGCCCAAAGCCCAGUGACAGUUUCUUCAUUCAUGACCCAGAGAAUGGAGGGGAAGACUCCAACGUAGCGCUGGAAAAGUUACGAGAUGUUAUUGCACAGUGUAUACUACCCCAAGCUGGAGAGAACAAAGAUGAGAAGCUGAAUGAGGUGAUGUACGAAGCCUGGAGAUUCAACAGAGACUGUAGACUGUUGAGAGACAGCCUGCAGGGGCUCAGCUGGGACGGACGAGCCUUCUCUGAUAAAGUUGAUCGUUUGAAGUUGGCUGAAAUAGUAAAACAGGCCAUUGAAGAGAAAACAAAUCUCCAAGAAUCUCAUUAGCAAACAUUCUUUUUAUAUUAUUAAGACUCUUUUUAACUCAUAUCUGUAAAGACGUUUUUUUUUUUUUUUUAUGUAAAAUAAUUCACAUUUUUUUUUCAUGACUUCACUUGCAAGACCUAUUGUACAGCUGUAGAUAUAUUUCAGAGGACUCAUUGGUACUAUAAUUUUAUUUUAAUGGACACUUGCAAAGGACAUUGAAACAUAUUUUCAUUUUUGCAAAAAAAAAACAAAACAAAAACAAAAGAAGAGAAAAAUCAGUGAGAGAAAUUAUUUUCUAGGAGGGAAUUUUUAUUAUUAGCUGACUGUCCAAUGUGUUUUAUCCCAUUUAUUUGAUUUUAUUCUAUUUUCUUUUCUUUUAAACAUUCAGAGUUUUAUUUAUUUAAACAGAGUUCUGUUAUUUUAUACCUUACCUGUAGCCUGGCAGUGGGCUGUAAAGUUGAGAGAAGCUGUCUACAAUGUGACUUAGUUCUUCCACACACUCUGAAUCUCAGAUGGUGUUUAAGUCUUUGUUUGUGUAACUUAUCCUUGACUUUUUGGUGAUAUAACAGUCAAGGCAGAGAGGAAAUGGAGUUAGAAGAAGGUGUUAUGAAAUAUAAAAAUGCUGUCUCAAAUUUGUUCAUUUUGUCACAACCUCUUUCAUAAAGCUCUGUUAUAGCUGGAUAGGCAGAAACACUAUUUCUGGUUUUCUUUCUGACUCACUCUGUUUUGACAAAAAAAAAAAAGAACAUCCACUUGCUAGCUUUAUCCUGAGCUUUUAGCUGCAUUACUGUCUUCCUUAGAGAUCUUUCAGACUGUGCCAUGGGGUUGAAAUCGCUGGGGGGAAAAAAAGAGUUGGUGUGUGGGCCUUGAAUUAAGACUUUAUCAUCAAACUGUUCAAGACUGAUGCUUUUACAGAUUCCGAUUGAUGUAGGUGUCACAAUCUGUGUUGCUCGUAUGCAUGAAGCGAUAAUACUGUUUGUAUCUGUCAGGUAAAAUUGAGUAAAUAUCAGAUAUUUGCAUUGGCUUUUUAUACAUCUGCCCACUUAAGAUGUGAUUCUAGAAGGUCUUAAGUUCAGUCUUCUCAUAUAGUUGUUGAUCUGGAAAAUGGAUGCUUUGAUGUGAAGUUGUGAAGUUGUAUCUACUGGGACUCAGACCACGGUCAGUUAAUAUUUAAGUCCUUUUAAAGCAAGAGUGCUUACUACAUGAGCCAGCAAACACAAAAAAAAUAUCUUUGGUGAAAUGUGGUUGUUUUUAUGUAGGUAAAGAGCAGCAUCCAUAAACAGGUCCGUUAGGAUUAUAGUCUUAUAAAACAGGAUGUGCUACUGAAUGUGCAAUAACUUAAUCAUGUAUUCAUAGUCCAUGCACGUACAUGUUCAUGAGAUAUUAUGUACCAGUUUGCCAGUAUUAGUGUCUUACAUGGAUCUUCCCUACUUUCUUUUACUGGUCUGAAUACCAGCAAAUCCUUCCUCACUUCGCUCAUCCUCGCACUGUAGUUGUAAUCAAUAUGAUAUUGAUUAGCUGGAGUGAGAUUUCCACUGCACUGUUUUACUCUAGUGCUCCAGUCGUAUCUGAUACUGUCUCUUCAAAGAGGGACUGACAGAAGGAAUUUGUGUUCAAGUGUUUGAAUGAGGCCUUGUUGGGUCUACAUGGACGCUAAAUGUGCAUGUUGUCUGUUAUCAUUUUAGAUUAUUUCUAACUAAUUUUGUUUAUUCAAAAAAUUUCUCACAUUUAUUAAAUUCCAUUUAGAUGUCUUACCCAGAAUUAUUUCUGCUAACAUACUCUAAUAUCAGGAUUAUUGCAUUAGCCAUGUUUUUGAUUGUAAAGAACAAAUUUGUUUAUUCUGAUUAAUUAGCAAACCUUGUGUAGUAAACCAAACCUAGCAGUAUAUCGGCUCCUUCCAGCGAAAACCAUGUAUUUUUGAUAAACUGAAGGAUUUGUUGUUCAUUCAUUGAUUUAAAUGCUCUAUGCUCACUUGUACCUUGUUGAUGGGGUGGCGUAUUCAUCCUUUACUGUUAUCAUCAGUAGAAAUAAAGCACAGGGUGAACACAAAACUCAAUCAUAUAAAGUACCACUUUGACACACACACAGUAGCCCCCAAUACAAUUUACACUUUGAACGAAGAUUCGUUUUAUUUAGUGGCUGCUCUGAUCGGUUAGUCGCCUCAAGUCAGUGCUGCCCUCUGGUUUCAGCUUCUCACGCAGAUGCUUCCUGGUUAGUUUUCCAGAUUGAUCAAUACUAAAAGUAAUCGUUAGCUGCAGCCCUACUUGCUUUGAUGCGGAGAAGUCAGAUUUGUUUUUAGUUGAUGAUAGGUCAUUCAUUUUUAAUCUUAACACAUAAAGCAUUUUCAGUAUUGUAGAAUCAGCUAAAUAUAGAACCUGAUGUUGUUUUGAUUUACUUUGACCAUGUCUGUGUGGAUGUAUGACACUAUACAAUUAAUUUAUGUAUGUUUGUGUGUGUGGUGCAGUACGCUGAAUGUCUUUGUAUGUGGAGGCCUCUCCAUGCAUCAGAACUUUUCCUUUAAUGGUUUCCCCUCCUGCAACAGAAUCUAUAUCCUCUGCUACCUGAGAGCACUAUUGUGGAAGGGCAGUAUAUUUAUUAGCGGUCGUGCACUGUAGUCUCGUAUCCUGGUAGUUGUACCAGUGAAAACCCUAAGGGAUCAUAAUCAUACAGGUACAGUCCCUAUAAAAAGUAUUCUCCCCCUUGGAUGUUUUAUUGAUUUUGUAAAUCAAUCAUGGUCAAUAUAA